UAGAAGAAGAACUGCUCCAAAGUUAGCUAGAUAGCUCACUAGUCGCUAGCGGGCAGGUUCAGUCAACAACAGCACGGUUGAUUAGGGGAGACUGGCCUUCUGCACUGCCACGUUUAAAAACAGGUUCAUAACAAGGUACUCCAAAACAAAAUGAAUGUUGGCGUAGCGCACAGUGAGGUGAACCCCAACACUCGGGUCAUGAACAGUCGAGGGAUCUGGCUCACCUAUGCCCUCGGUGUUGGAAUGCUUCACAUUGUGCUCUUGAGCAUACCCUUCUUUGGUGUAGCUGUGGUGUGGACUCUCACAAAUGUUAUACACAAUUUUGGGAUGUAUGUCUUCAUGCAUGCAGUGAAAGGCACUCCGUUUGAGACCCCAGACCAAGGCAAAGCCCGGCUCCUGACACAUUGGGAACAGUUGGACUACGGCGUGCAGUUUACAUCAUCCAGAAAAUUCUUCACCAUCUCCCCAAUCAUUUUAUAUUUUCUUGCAAGCUUCUACACAAAGUACGACACAACACACUUUGUCAUAAACACUGCGUCCCUUUUGAGCGUGCUGAUCCCCAAAUUGCCACAACUACACGGAGUCCGAAUCUUUGGCAUCAACAAGUAUUAAUCCGAGUGUUGAGGGUCAGUGGUGUGUGACCAACUCUCAAAGGAGCUAUUGCCUCAUAGCAAGAUGAAUAGUUAACCCUAUGUACUAUGUACCACUGGAGUGUGUACUAGUACAGUACGUGCAAUUGUCACUCAUUGUUUAGAUACGUCAGGUUAAACUAGUGGGAGAAUGAGAGAGAAUGCCAUGUGCAUUACUAACUUAAGUAAAUAUUUAAUGUUGUAUUUUUUGAUCUGCAUAGACCUGGGCUGGCCCAGGUUUCAAACGUGGGCCUUUUUUUGUUCUGUUUUUUUGUUAUUUGCUCUCACUUCACACAGUGACACGGACUGCGUUCCUUGUCACAAUGUAUUUUUCUGUUCUUUACCGGAAGCCUUAAAAAUACCAGAUGUAUUUUUAAAGAUGAUUUCUUCAUAAAAGUAGGGGCCUAUGGUUCAUUGUUUGACACACACUUAAUUUCUAGAAGGGUGUCAAUCUUAUUACUCAAAAUAAACUGGGGCAUUAGAACCGUUGCGUAAAUUUUACACUAAAUAUCUGCAUGCGCCAUUUCUGAAGACUGCAACGCACAAAUAUUGAGAUUUAUAAACUUGGCACACGCCAAUCAUACGUAUGUUUCCCCCUAGAAAUCAGACCUGUCGUAAAACUGCGUACGUGAAGCAUUAUAACUUAGCCUGAAAAACGCCCAUCAUUCACCUUUUAUGGUGACAAUAACGCCCUUAUUUAAUUUGGAGGUAUUGGAAUUAGGCCAAGACCAUAUCUGGAAAUGGCGAACUUGAUCAAAUGUUUUUGGAGGUGUUGGCCGAAUGUUUUCGUUUGCAGUGGUAGUUGCAGUAGCCUAUCUGACUGUUUCUGAAAGACAAACAUUUGCUAAUUGUCGUGGACCUGUAAACAGAUUGAAUUAAUUCAAUCAUGUUUAGCAUUUACUUUUUCCCCUAAUCUAAAUAUGGUGCACUGCCCACGAGUUCUGAAACUGACUGCUUGAAAUACCUACUUAGUGGUAGCUUACACACACUUCAAUGCAAAAUAUCAACCUGUCUGCUCACCUGUUAAAUUCUACUGUAUGUUAUAAACCACGCUCCCUUUCGGAUGCAUAGAGCAAAAACUUGAAAUGAUUAUCGCCUAUAUUAAUAGGCCCAAUUAAAUGAGAUGCGCGUUGGUAAUUUGUUGUAUGGCUGCUUCAGGAAAAUGACCUCAUCAUGGCCAGAAAAGGUGAGCAAUUUAUUUUGCAAUAGUUGUGUAUAAAUGAAAUGUUUACUCGGAAUUUGACAUUACAGUAUUCAGACGUAUCUCACAAACGUCAACGGGAAGAGGUGAACCUUCUGCUCUACCGUUAAACUGCACUUAAGAACAGAUCACAAAGCAAAAUACUUAAAGUAGCUCAUCUAUUUACUACUGUGAAGUGGGUCCAAUUAAACGAGAGAUGGGAUGAAUGGUAGCCUAUCCUAACUUGUAUGAAACCAUCAGUCAGAAAAGGUGAGGAAUUUAUUCUACAAUGGUCAUGUAAUUGAGGUAAAGAAUAAAUCUAUUUCUAUAAUUAUUUUAGAUCAAAUAAAGGGAUAUUUGCUCUUCUCACUAAUGGUAAAUGAUUGCAUCUUAUAUUUAGCUAGGCCUACCUGUUUUGUUUUUUAAAACUUUUUUUGUUAGAAGAGCGUCAUCAUAUAUUCCUGCACAAGGCCACUACUUGGCUACUUUUGCCUUCUUACAAUGCAAUACUUAAACCACUAGAAACUGUGCGUACGCAUGGUCUAAAGCAGCAGUGGCGAACUAAUUGUGCCCCGGGGUCAGCAUUCGGUUUUCAACGAGUUCGAGGGCCACACUGAAAAUGUUAUAUUUCCUUGUCAUCAAAAUUAGCUAAAACAUAAGUCCUAUAUUCAUCGUCUUUGGAAUUUAAUGCUCCCUGACUGUCUUGUGAUUUAUUAGCGAGAUGGACAGUCAAGAAACUAUGAAUGUAGGUCCAUUGACUGCACAAUGAUUAUCGAGCUGGACAGUCAAACUGUAUAAAUAUAGGUUCAUUAUAAUUUCUAGUUUAGAUUUGGUUUUAGUCUUUUUUUUUAAAGUAUAUUGAGUGGCUUUUGUUUUUACUGGGACCACCUUUGUGGGCUGUAUGUUUGACACCCCUGGUCUAAAAUUUGCGUGAGGAUAAGCACAUUACAUCAAGUUACAUUUUUAUUAAUGCCAACUUGUGUGAAUUCUGGCGCAUGCAUAUUUUGGGCAUAUUUUGUGUGUAUGCAACACUUGAGGCCCCUGAACAAUAUGAAAUACUAAUUUAGCAUGAUUUCCUUUGUAUAUUAAUAAUUUAUCCUUGUUAAUCAUAUAGGGCAGGCAUUUUUGCAGUGUAUAUAGUUUGUCUGUAUAGGUUCAUGUCUUAUGUGAAGAUCAGAUGAUUUGUCAUAAGAUGUUAAGUGUUGUCAGAUAAUUGUUUACUGAGACAGGUCUAUGCUAUGGCUAUGUACCUACACAUGACUGCCAAAAUAAACACUUGAGGGAUGUGAAGUA